UUACAUUAGUGCAUAUAUUCUGAUGUAAUCAAAAAAUUAUCAAUAGUUAUUCAAAAUUUAACACUUAGAUAAAAAUGCAGAAUUGGCAUUUGAAAUCUCUAUUGUUGAUAAUAUCUUGUGUAAUAUUUAACGGAGCGAUUCAAUAUUCAGAUGACGGUAUAAAAUGCCAAUUUCAAAAAGGUACCACUAGAAAAGCUGCUGAAGAUGGAAACUUAGAAAUUUUAAUAUAUGCUCAUAAAAAUGGAUGUCAAUGGGACGAUGAUACGACUAUUGCAGCAGCUGCAAAAGGUAAUUUGGAAUGUUUAAAAUAUGCUCAUGAAAAUGGGUGUGAAUGGAAUGAAGAAACAACAAAGACUGCAGCUACUAAAGGAAAUUUAGAAAUAUUAAAAUAUUUACAUAAAAAUGAAUGUCCGUGGAAUAAAAGCACAACAGAAGCAGCUGCAAAAUAUGGUAAUUUGGAAUGCUUAAAAUAUGCUUAUGAAAAUGGAUGUCCUUGGGAUGAAUUAAAAAUUGUACAAAGUGUUAUUAAAAAUAAUGAUCUAGAUAUUUUAAAAUAUGCUCACAAAUAUAUACAUAAAUUAAAUAUACUUUUAACUAUGAUGGCUGCUCAUGCAGGUAAUAUAGAAAUUUUAAAAUAUGCACAUAACAAUAAAUGUUUGUGGGAUAAAAGAACAACAGAAGCCGCUGCCAUGUCUGGUAGUUUAGAAUGCUUAAAAUAUGCCCAUGAAAAUGGAUGUCCUUGGGAUGAAAGCGCAACUCGAAGAGCAGCUGCUAAUGGACAUUUAGAAUGUUUAAUGUAUGCCCACGAAAAUAAAUGCCCAUGGAAUAUAAGGACAACUGGAGAUGCUGCUUCAAAUGGUAAACUACAAUGUUUAAAAUAUGCCCAUGAAUAUGGAUGUCCUUGGGGUGAAAGCACAUCGGAAAGAGCUGCUAUAAAUGGUAGAUUAGAAAUUUUAAAAUAUUUACAUAAAAAUAGAUGUCCGUGGGAUGAAAGAACAACGGAAGCUGCAGCUUCUAAUGGUAAAUUAGAAUGUUUAAAAUAUGCAUAUGAAAAUGGAUGUCCGUGGGAUAAAAGAACAACAGAAGGAGCUGCUUUAAAUGGUAGAUUAGAAAUUUUAAAAUAUUUACAUAAAAAUAGAUGUCCGUGGGAUGAAAGAACAACGGAAGCAGCAGCUUCAAAUGGACAUUUAGAAUGUUUAAAAUAUUCCUAUGAAAAUGGAUGUCCGUGGGAUAAAAGAACAACAGAAGCAGCUGCUUCAAAUGGACAUUUAGAAUGUUUAAAAUAUGCCCAUGAAAAUAAAUGUGCAUGGGAUGAACGCACAACACACGUAGCUGCUCUUUAUGGUGAAUUAGUAUGUUUAAAGUAUGCUCAUGAAAAUGGAUGCCCUUGGGAUGAAAACACAUCACAAGCAGCUGUUAUAAAUGGCAGUUUAGAAAUUUUAAAAUAUUUACACAAAAAUAGAUGUCCGUGGGAUGAAAGAACAACACAAGGAGCUGUAUAUUAUGGUAAAUUAAAUUGCUUAAAAUAUGCCCAUGAAAAUGGAUGUCCGUGGGAUGAAAGAACAACGGAAGUAGCAGCUUUUAAUGGUAAAUUGGAAUGUUUAAAAUAUGCCCAUGAAAAUGGAUGUCCGUGGAAUGAAAUGAUCACAGAAGCAGCUGCUUCAAAUGGACAUUUAGAAUGUUUAAAAUAUGCCCAUGAAAAUAAAUGUGCAUGGGAUGAACGCACAACACAAGCAGCUGCUUCUAAUGGUAAAUUGGAAUGUUUAAAAUAUGCCCAUGAAAAUGGAUGUCCGUGGAAUGAAAGGACCACAGAAGCAGCUGCAUUAUAUGGUAAAUUAGAAUGUUUAAUAUAUGCACACCAAAAUGGCUGUAGAUGGCAUAAAAAAACAACAAGAGUUGCUGCUGAUAAUGGUCAUAUAGAAUGCUUAAAAUAUGCACAUGCAAACGCGUGCCCGUGGGAUAAAGCCACAACUAGAGCUGCUGCAGCGAGUGGUUGUUUAGACUGCUUGAUAUAUGCUCAUGAAAAAGGUUGUCAUUGGGAUAAAGAUACGAUAGCUGCAGCAGCUGUGCAUGGUAAUUUAGAUUGUUUAAAAUACGCCCGUACACAUGGAUGUGAUUGGGUUGAAGGUACAAUGAGAUUGGCUGCAGCGAAUGGACAUUUAGACUGCAUUAAAUAUGCCCAUGAAAAUGAAUGUGAAUGGGACGAAGGCACAACAAGGGAAGCUGCUGCUAGUGGUCAUAUUGACAUUUUGGUAUAUGCACAUAAAAAUGGAUGUAAUUGGGACAAAGGGACAAUGAGUGGAGCUUCUGCAAAUGGUCAUUUAGACUGUCUAAUCUAUUGUCAUUUAAAUGGGUGUACGUGGGAUGAAGGAACAACAAGACUUGCUGCUGCAAAUGGCCAAUUUUAUUGCAUAAAAUUUGCCCAUGAAAAUUAUUGUCCAUGGAGUACAGGUACCAUUUAUGAAGCUACUCAAAAUGGUUAUCAAAAUAUAAUUGAUUAUGUUACUGAAAAUGGCUGCCCUAAUUAAUUUUCUGUUGAAAUAUAAUCUUUAUUUUAUUCAUUUAUGUUGGCAAUUAUUGCAUUAUUUUUCAAAUAAA